UCCCAUAGCAAUCGGCGAAGCGAGCGCAUCCCAUAACAUCCAACUGCAUUGAGUCGCAUGUCAUACAUUGACAAAACGUCACUAGUGUCUUGUAUGAGAGUGCUCAAAGCAGCCACUCCGAACGUUGUCCGAGCUUGCGCCGAAGAGCGGACAUAGAUGAGACAUCAUCAUCAUCGUCAGCGACACCACCACCUCCUCGGCUUGCCUCCCUCUCCUCUGGCACGUCCUCGUUGUCCAUCUCGCUCUCAUCCUCAUCUUCUUCCACAUUCGUCACGUCACCUUCCCCUUCAUAUUUGUCAGUCCCGCCGUAGCUGCGAGUCCGGUGCAGCCUCGGGCAGCACAAACAGCAAUCCUCUUUGUAGUACCACAUCCAUGAAUCCUGAAGUAGAAGCUAGAGACAGAACGUCGCUGGUAUCAAUUAAGCGAAUUGCCCAUCUUACCGCAUUGUUUGCGUUCCAGAAAGGCUUCCAAGGCCCAGUGUAGUGCAGCACUCGUGCGUCUGGUGACAGUGUCGUGUUGCGAUAUCCAGCCCUGAUUCGUAGAUUCUCUUAUCUUUCGAAAACAGCGUUGGCCUUGUGUCUUACUACUGACCGCAGCACGUUCCAUGUCUCAUCCAGUCUGACCAUUCCCCACUUGUUUGAAAUAACGGAAAAUGGCAGCGAAGUGGCCUCGUCCGUAUGGAUGCCACUGCCCUGCAAUGCGGAGUGCUCUCGAAUAUACUCAGCGAUUCGUUCCACCACCUCAGUAACCCGCAACUGACGCAGUCGAGAAAGAUUCGCCACGAACACCUGGAGGCAUACAGUCAACAACAUUUGGGGUCAAUUGUGUAUCCGUUCUCUGCCUGAAUUGCCACCCCUGGAUUGACAGUGCGAGACAUCUUUGGGUCGACGUUGAGGCGAGUACACAGCUGCCAUCCCAGGUCAGAAAAGGCCUUUCUUAAUGGUUGGUAGUGUCGAUGCAUUGGGACCGCAAUUGGUUUCCAUCGUCGCAGAAGGACCUGAACGACUUUCGUUCCCCCUUGGUAAAAUGAUGUGGGGGGCGCCAUUGACUCAGUCUUAUUCCGGUGAGAACGUCUCCGAAUGUAUUCCCAGGUCCUGCACCAGAGC